CAAAAUUACAUUAUAUUGACCUAAAAUAAUUGAUUAACACAUGAAUAAUCGCAAUCGGGGUUGGGGUCGUUAUGGCCUUAGAACCGGAAGACCUGGUGGCGAGCCAGUUCCUGCGGAGGGACCGGAGGUCUUAGUCAUCAACGAGCGGGAGUUGCGGGCCUUCAUCUUCCGGGUGUACCUAUCCUCCGUAGUGCUGUGCCUGCUGUCUUCCAUUUCGUGGAUCAUACUGUCGGCACUCGCUGUGAGGGUCUACAAGGCAAUUCCAGUGCCGCCGUUCGUUUGGCUGAUAUUAGCUUUCAUCAUUCUCUCAGUGCUCGGCUGCAUCGCACAGACUCCAGCAUUGACCUUGUUAUGCUGGGGAUUGGUGCUGGGAUCCUUGUUCUUUCUCACCCUGUUCGGAGCGUAUUAUAUGCAUCUAGUGCGCGUCUGGGUCCUUUUGAUUGCCAUUUUGGUUGCCGGAUCCCUGCUGGCCCUGCUGCAUUUGUAUGGGGCCAAAAGUCCGGAGGUUCUGCUACCCAACAUUAUCUGUACUUGCUGCAUUUUUCUGCUGCUCACCGUCACCAUGAUCGUCCUGCUAAUACUCUUCCUGAUCAUCAAUGAUAUGCGGUAUCUCCUGGCACUUGCCAUAGUGUUCGUCAUCCUGAUCGCAUUCAUGGCUCCAUUUCAGGCUCGUUUCAUUUGUGGAAGGCUGCAGCAGGUGCCUUAUGGGGAGACUGCGGAUUGCGCCAAUGGCAUUUACCUACACUUUAUUUUUCUACUCUCCUGCAUGCUCGUUUUUGCCCUGUACUAUAAGCUAGUUAAUAGUUGAAUAAAAAAUAUGUUGAGGCUG